CCCUCAUCCCUUAGGAAAAGGCAGAAGACAGACGGGACUCCACUGAGGACCAGAGGUGUAAUGACACGAGGGCACCUGUGUGCUUCUGCUCCUUCCUGCUGUGUCUGGGUGUGCCUGUAACUCUGUCUUUGCUUUUGGUCCUUAGGUUAGCAUCCAGGUGUUGUUUGACAUGAGCUGAAAAGACAGCCAUCCCCAUUCCUGUCACUCAUUCUUCUUUAGCCCUCCACCCAUCUUUUAUCUGUGCUCACCUGCUCUAAAUCACUCUGUCUCAGGCCCUGGAAGGGAAACUCCAAAAUGAGUAGCUCUGUUUUUUGUUUUUUUUUCUGUAAUUGUUGACAUGGUUAAUCAACAACCAGAAACACACUUUGGUGCCUCAUGGAAAUAUUGGGCUAUGCCUUGAAGCCAAAUUUCACUAAAUAAUCUUACCUCUCUGACAGAAGGAAUAUUUUUAUUUUCCGUCCACAGACAUACUGAUAAAUACUUUCCCAUGUAUUCUUCUGGCAGGACACAUCAGCAUCUAACAGCAUGACUUACCUGUCACCUCUCAUCACUUGUGAAACCGUCGUGCCCUGAGCGGGGGCGUGUCUUCCAUUUUCUCUUUACCUGUCUUGUCUGUCUCAACCAGUGGUUCUUUCUUAGAAGUCAGAGAAGUGCAAGCAACCCUCUCCUUCAGGCUCUGAGGGUCAUGCACAGCUGCAACAUCAAGGUGAGAAGUGGGGAGGUGCUCAAUUUUUACCACCAUGGAUGCCAGCAGCAUGUCCGUGCUGUGGUACAGGACGCCGAAGCCUCUGGGGAAGGUGAGGCGACGGGUUCAAGACCUCCGCAUCCCUUCCUCCUGUUACCACGACGGUGUAGCCAUCAGACCUCUGUUGGACCUGAGCCACAACGAGAGCGCUCGGCUGGCGGUGGACUGCCUGCUCAGCCGGGGCUUAGAGGGAUACCACCAGGUGUUGAACACAGAGGGAGAGGUGGACUUUCUGUCAGAGCUGGAAAAGAAUUACAUCCUGGAAAAUGGAAGAGAUGGCAACACAGCGGAUCCUGGAGAAUCUGGUGAUGAUGAUGAUGUUUACAAAGAGUUCGAGAGCUUGGCAGCUGGCUCCCAAUCUGCCACACUGUUCUCUGCAGUGUCCACAGGCAGCGAUCCUACUGUGGCAGGUUUAGGCCAGAGCAGCGUAACAGAUGUGAAGUGGACUGAUCCUGUCCUGGAUGAACCCAGUGCUGAGGUUUAUUUCCAGUCUGACAGUACAGGAGCUGGAACGAAAGACCUGGUCAGAGAGUUCAUAAGAAAGGCUAAAAUGGCCCUGGCCAUAGUGAUGGACAGCUUCAGUGACGUAGAGCUGCUCUGCGAUCUUCUGGAGGCCAGCAGGAAGAGGAAUGUGUCUGUUCACCUGCUGCUGGAUCAUCUCAACCUGAACCUGUUCGUCAGCAUGUGGCAGGACCUCAAACUCAACAGCAAAAACUUCCCUAAACUGUCAGUGCGCAGCGUUGAUGGACAGACCUACUGUGCCAAGACAGGCAGGAAGCUGACAGGUCAGAUUGCUGAGAGUUUUAUCAUCACUGACUGGACUGAGGUGUUGACGGGCUCAUACAGUUUCUCCUGGCUGUCCUGGCAGGUCCAUCGGAGUCUUGCUGUUCUUGUAAAGGGCAGCGCCGUCACACCUUUCCAUCAGGAAUUCCACAGGCUCUACUCCAGCUCCAAACCAGUCCCAGACUUUGUCACUUUUAUCACUGUGCCUCGCAUUCUCCCUCUUUACAUCACAUCACAAGCCGCCCGACAUGAUAAUGCUGGUAUUAGUAAGUCGAAAUCAAGCCCGGCCAAAACGGUGUGCGACUGGACUUUGACUGAAGACGCUCAGAAGACUCCUACAAAAGCAAACAUGACAGAGAGCUCAGCCCUGGAGUGCAGCAAAGGUGGAAACCAGCUUCUACACAGAGCAGGUACAGGUACACAAACACACACAAAACCUCCACCGCUGUACUCAAAGCCUUUGGGUCAACCAAGAAUACUGCAGAGUGUGUCGGUGGAAAAGAAUACACUGAUCCGUGCUGAUGCAAAAACACAUGUGGAACCUCUGGAGAAGAAUCACAAUCAGAUCCAGAGUCAUUCGAAAACUCUCGGUCAGCCUCAGCUUGCCGGCCGUAACAUCACCACCGCCGCCGCUGAAGUACAAGAGUCUAACCCUCUACACACUGCAAACCCCACACGCAGACAGCAUACAGCUGUCUGCUAUCAGUCCGCUAUGAGGAAGAAUUCAAGUCUUGAUCACGACAGUCUUGGUACUGAGAGACUUUUCUUUCAGCAGAGGAACAGAAACAGACCGACACAGACUUCAGGGAUUUCUGCAGGUUUCAACACACAAAGAGGACAAUGGAGCUGCUCACUUAACUUCAAACCAAAGGUGGAGCUUCAGUCUGAUAAUCCCAAAAUACUGUCUCCUUCUACAUCACAGCAAAAACAAGCAAAGACAGGCCUUCAGUUCCCUUUGACCCAUUUAAGAGGUCACACAUCCGGGCUCCACAACAAAGUCUCCCCUCUAGGAACCAGGAGACAAGAUCAGCCCCAGAUGCACCACCAGCCCCUCCAUCUGUCACAUCCAACCACAGAGUCCCCAGGUUCAAAGCUGACAUCAGCAGCCAUGGGAGCUCAGCUCCAAGCAGACGCCAAGCUGUUCUCCCCGAGUACUAGAGCCAAGCAGCACCUGUGGCUCCACACCUCCCAGCCCCCCCCUGGGCUAAACUGGAUGCUCCAGAGUUACACCACAAGACCCAGGCCGGUGACUAGAACCAGCUCCUUUGACAUCACCUAUGGGACGGGACAGAGGACAGGUGGACAGCCAGGCUGGAGGCCAGCUCAUGGUAACAUGAAUACAUCACUGGGAAGGAGCAAGAGCUUGACUGACAGACGCAAGGCAGGAUUCAAAGGAGCAGGACUCAAUCCAAACACAACCAAGACCUGAAGUACACAGAUUACAGAGAUAUUAAACCCUCACACACAGGCACACGGCAGAUAUCAUUUUACAGGUCAAACAGAGAUGUGUGAAAUAUACAGUAUAUUCUAUUAUGUAUAGCUUAUGAGAUGAUUAUAGACAUUUUGUGUGUAGCAUUUGGGGAAAAAAGCACAUGCACAGUUUAAAAAACAGAAAAUGAUUUAAUUGAGCAAAAAAACAAUCAAGGCUUUCGGUUUGCUGAAUUUGUUAA